UUGCGUCACAUAAUUUAUCGCACGUCACAUUCUGUGUCAGCGUAGUACAGCUGGCAAAACAAGCGCAGAAAAAUCCAGUAUUUAACAUAAAAGUACAAUGAGCAGAACUAAACAGGUUUAGGUAGUAACGUUUAAUCGGUCGUCUAACAGCCUACGUUUCUACGUUAGUUUUGUUCCCGUAAACGCUAAAAGAUGGCGAGCUCGCAAGGAAGUAAAAACACGAAUACGGAACCGUGGGGUGGAUUCGAUGACAACAUUAUCCAGGGCAGUGGUUCAGCAGUGAUAGACAUGGAGAACAUGGACGACACCUCUGGUUCCAGCUUUGAGGAUAUGGGGGAGAUUCAUCAGCGUCUGAAGGAGGAGGAGGAGGUGUCAGCUGAGGCAGAAGCUACAGAGGAGGACAACGGUGAAGAUGCAGAUUUCCUCGGCAUGAAAGGCAUAAAGGGACAGUUGGGCAGACAGGUUGCUGAUGAGGUAUGGCAAGCUGGAAAGCGCCAGGCCUCGAAAGCCUUUAACCUCUAUGCCAAUAUUGACAUCCUGCGGCCAUACUUUGAUGUGGAGCCUAUUCAAGUCAGAAACAGGUUAAUUGAAUCUUUGAUCCCAGUCCGAAUGAUCAACUUUCCACAGAAAGUUGCUGGAGAACUGUAUGGACCAAUGAUGCUUGUGUUCACACUGGUGGCCAUUCUGCUCCAUGGGAUGAAGACAUCAGACACUGUCAUCAGAGAGGGCACACUGAUGGGCACUGCCAUUGGAACCUGUUUUGGAUACUGGUUGGGCGUUUCUUCUUUUAUCUACUUCGUUGCUUACCUGUGCAAUGCUCAGAUUACUAUGCUGCAGAUGUUAUCUUUGCUGGGUUAUGGUCUCUUUGGCCACUGUGUGGUCCUAUUUGUCACCUACAACAUCCACUUCCACUCGCUGUUCUACCUUCUCUGGCUGGCUAUUGGUGGGCUCUCUACUCUCCGGAUGGUGGCUGUGCUGAUCUCCCGAACUGUUGGUCAGACUCCUCGACUCAUCUUGUGUGGCACUCUGGCUGCUCUGCACAUGCUCUUUCUGCUUUACCUGCACUUUGCUUACCAUAAAAUGGUAGAAGGUAUUCUGGAUACCUUGGAAGGGCCCAACAUUCCUCCCAUUCAGAGGGUUGCCAGAGAUGUUCCCAUUGUUGCGAACACCGUUGUGAAUGCCACCAUCAAGUCGAUAGCUGCAAUUGUACAGACACAAUGAUUAUAUAUUUGGCUUCUGGGCCAGGGCGAGUCUGAUGUGUAUAUUUAUAAUCAGGGCAGUUUCUAUAGAGCUUCAGCUCAGUAUAAAUCUCAUGUAGAUAUCCUGAUACUGUCAAACUGAUCUUAAGGGAUCCUCUUAGCUCAAGAUGACAUCACUUAUGUUGGAGUCAUAUUAUUAUGAGAUGGCACUUUUGGCAUGCCAUCCAAAUCACUUUACACUUGUCUUUCAUCAUUUUUGUUGCUAAGAGUUACAGUUGUGAAGGUCUAAUAAUAGUUGAACAUUUAUUCGGGUUAUGUAUGGCCUAACCGUUCAUCUUAUCAGCACAAAAAAUACACUUUCUUUUAAGAUGAGGAUACUAAUGGAUAAAAGAUUCCUGUUGUUUUAGAGGACGUUAAAUGCAGCUGGAUAUUUGUGCUCGGUGAAGGUACAUUUACUUAAACAGAGCCCCUAAGCCUUUAUUUGGCCAUUCCAGUUGAAAGUCCCUACAAAAUGUUUCAGUUACACAGAAGAGGAGACAAAUGUCACCACAAACUAUUUUGUUCUGUUUUAGAUCUUGUUGCAUAAGAGGUGUUUAUAAAGACUAUGUAUAAAAGUCUUUGUGUUGAUUGAAAGGCACAAUGAUACCCAUACAGAAAUGAUAUGAUGUUUUAUUAAAAAAAAAAAAAAAUGGGAAAGGUCUUAAUGGUGCAUGAGGUCUUUUUCUUAAUGCAUUUUUAUCCAGCAAUUGUGGUGCAGUCUAGGUCUAUUCAAAGCUAUGGUUGGGGUAAGGCUUAUUAUGUUGUCUUUUACAUGUGAUCUGCCUAUUUAAAAUGUUCUUGUAAAGAGAAAAUAAACUAAUAAAACAAA